AUGAAAAAUCAUAUAAUGACACAAAUAAGCAGUGGAACCGAUAUAGAAAAACUAGUGGAGAAGCACAGAAACAAUAUGAGCAAAUAUCGACAUUUACUCAAUCAGCCAGUCAAAGAUAAGUCUUCAAAUCCUCAAGACACAUUAAGUCGAAUAGAAAGCAAAUUUGGAAUCUCAUUAUCAAAAAAACAGGCAGAUGAAGAAGAAAAAAGGUUAAGUGAAUCUAGAGUCGUGACUGAUGAAAAAAUCAAGAUCUGGAUCCAAGAAAUUAGGAAUAAAUACAGACCUACAGAAACCACAUCCUCAUUAACCUCCAAAGAGGCCACUCCCAUUGCAUCGCCUAAAAAUGAUAUUGAAAACGAUCACCUUAUUGACUUUACUCCUGUAAAAGCUCCGUUAAUUGACUUAACACCAACUAAACACGAAAAAGAAACUACACCUACAAGUUCACCUAACAAAACGUUGCUUGAGCUUGAAGGGUUAGAAAUACCACCAAUAAAGCAGAAGGUCGAAAAAUACAUUGAUUAUAGUAAAGAAAUAAAUGACAGCCCAUUUGAUGGUGCUUUAUCUAUUGAAGAUUUAGUUUCAGAGCCUGGAGAAUUCCAGUCGCCAUCAUCAAAUUUAAUACCAAAGCUGGAUUUGUCAGGGUCAGCUCAUAAGCCACCAAGGAAAAAGAGCUUAGAUACAUCAGACAGCCAUAUUCAGCCAAUUUCGGAUAGAGAUGAGCAUAAUAGGUCUUUUAAUGAGAACUCAAUGAGUAUGUCAUUUAGAAGAGCAAAUGCUGAGCAUAUGAUAAGCAAAGCUAUAAGUGACAUUAUCACCAAAAACCUUGGGAUUUCACUACAUAGAGCUAGCAAAAAGGCAGAAAAACCAGUAGAAAAAUCACCGAUUUUAUCAUUUGACCAGUUUUUGGCCGAUGCAAGCAGAGAAGUUCAAACAAUCCCGACUAAAAUCCCAUCAAGGUUUAGUCCAAUUGUGAAAACUGUAAAUAUUGAUAAGAUUUAUCAAGAGGAUUCUAUUUUGCAGCAAUUAACUUCAAGAGAGAAAAGUAUUUUAAUUGAGCUUCAAGAACUAGAAAAAGAAAAAGCUAAGCUCCUCUCUAUGCUGUAA